CUUUAUCUUGUUCGUGCUGAGUGUCCCAAAGAGGCUGUCACUUUGCACUAAUGAAUUCUCUAGUCUUUCUUCGUCCUCUCACCUUCUCUCCAUCUCCACCACAAUCCAAGCUUUCAGUCAAAAACCCUAGCUUUCGAAUCGCUUUUUCCUCGGCUCAAUCCAACUCGGUAGAAGCUGGGGAGUACAAGCCGGGAGUUUUUGAUGAUUUAUUUCUCAAUCUUUUUCGGAGCAGAAUGGUGAAGGAGGUAGGAUGGGAUUCAGAGAAGCCCGGCUAUGAUGGAUUGAUAGAUGUGGCAAACCAGCUAAUGAUGAAGAGCAAAAGCAAUUCAAAAGUGAAAGAAGCAGCGGUACGGAUAUUGAUCUCACUGUUUCCUCCAUUCUUGUUAGACCUUUAUCGGAUGCUCGUAGCACCCAUAGGAGGUGGAAAAGUGGCUGCGAUGAUGGUUGCAAGAGUGACUGCUCUCUCUUGCCAAUGGCUAAUGGGUCCGUGCACGGUUAACUCUGUCAAUCUUCCUGAUGGAUCCUCAUGCAGAAGUGGGGUGUUUGUGGAAAGAUGCAAGUAUCUAGAGGAAAGUAAAUGCGUAGGAAUUUGUAUCAAUACAUGCAAACUUCCAACACAGACUUUCUUUAAGGAUUACAUGGGAGUUCCUUUAGCAAUGGAGCCAGACUUCACCAAUUAUAGCUGCCAGUUUAGCUUUGGGGUCCUUCCUCCUAGGCCUGAAGAGGAUAGCACCCUGAAGGAGCCUUGCUUGGAGAUAUGCCCAAAUGCCACCAGACGAAAAGAAAUUAACAGGAACAUGGACGACAAGGAAUUAGUGCAAUGCCCGAAGGCCUAGCGUUGCUCGCCCUAUUGAGUAGAUAUUUUUUUUAAUUACAGAGGGAUUGACUAAAAUUAUCUUGUAUCUGUUGUCAUGCAAUCCUCUCUUCUAAAUUUAUAAAUUAUGAAGAUUCAGAGAGUGAUGCAUUGUAAUUCCCCAAUGCUCUAUGGGGAUGUGACACAAGAGAAAAGUUGUAUUUGUACACUACUUGGUCCUAGACCAUUCAUUCUUACUGCUAUACUUUCCUAGUUUUUGUAUUAAAGUGUUAUGGUAAGAUUAGGGCA